UGGUUUGGGUUUUAAAGUAAGAUAUUAAAAGAAUAUCUAUUUUGACUUCCACGAAUAAUUUUCUCCGUUAUUUUUUUUUGUUAUUUUACGUUUAUUAGUCAGAAAAAAAAAAACUUCAUUUUUAAAAAUCAUUUCUACUUUUAUCACAAAAAUAAAAAAAAAAAAUUUCUCUCUUUCUUUAUACGGUUUCUUAAAACUAAAUUAAACUAAAUAAAAACGAUAUUUGUCCAUAAUGCGUCUUUGGAAUCAAAGACCUCAAAAUCCUUCUGUGGUAACUGAUGGUGUUCCUUCAACGCCUACUUCCCCUACACCUAUACCAGCUUCUGGACUUUUGCUCAUCCGUGUAGUUGAAGCUCGUGGAAUCACUUUACCUCCUGGCAUAAGACCUCCACAAAUUCCACCGCAUUUUUCAUCAGUCCCAACGAAUACAAGGGGUAAUAGAGACAGCAUGCAAAGGAAACAAUGUUGGUGGCUUCCUUAUGUGGUUUUAGAGUUUGACAAAAACGAAGUUUUGAUCGAUGCUUUGGGCGGUGAAGUUCAAAACCCCACUUGGCAGUAUCGAGCGCAUUUCGAUGUCUCAAGAGAGUCUGAUGUAUCGAUACAAAUUUAUUUACGUAAAUCUACUCAAACUGGCCAACAUACUAAUGAUAUGGGAAAUGACGUUUUCCUUGGUGGCGUAAAAAUUGCACCUAGUUUUAAUGAUCCAAACAAAUUGCAUGAAAAUUGGUUCAAUCUAGCAGGUGGAACGGGUAGUGUACAUGUUCACAUUUGUUACAAGAAGGAUCAUGCAAAUAUCCCCUUAACAAUCGAUGCAUUUGAUUUAUUAAAAGUCAUUGGCAAGGGCAGUUUUGGCAAGGUCAUGCAAGUACGAAAAAAGGAUACUUCUCGAAUUUAUGCGCUAAAAACCAUUCGUAAAGCUCAUAUCGUUUCCCGAUCAGAGGUUAAUCAUACAUUAGCGGAGCGUACAGUUUUAGCACAAAUCAAUAAUCCUUUCAUUGUACCGCUAAAAUUCUCUUUCCAAAGUCCAGAGAAAUUGUAUUUGGUGCUUGCUUUUGUUAAUGGUGGUGAAUUGUUUCACCAUUUGCAAAGGGAAGGACGAUUUGAUGAAGAGAGAUCAAGGUUUUAUGCCGCUGAAUUACUUUGCGCAUUGGAAUGUUUACAUGAUUUCAACGUGGUUUACCGGGAUUUAAAACCCGAAAAUAUUCUGCUAGACUAUUCAGGACAUAUCGCUUUAUGCGAUUUCGGUCUCUGUAAAUUAAAUAUGACUGAAUCAGAAACAACCCAUACUUUUUGCGGGACGCCGGAAUAUCUUGCUCCCGAAUUAUUGUUAGGUCAUGGUUAUACAAAAACAGUAGAUUGGUGGACUCUAGGAGUUUUAUUGUUCGAAAUGUUGACGGGUUUGCCACCGUUUUACGAUGAAAAUACAAAUGAAAUGUAUAGAAAAAUUUUACAGGACGAGUUGAGAUUUCCAGAAGAAGUUGGGAACGAUGCAAGAAGUUUAUUAUCGGGGUUAUUAACUCGGGAACCCACUCAACGCCUUGGAAAUAAUGGUGCACAAGAAAUAAAAGAUCAUCCUUUCUUUGCUUCAAUUGAUUGGAGAAGAUUGAUGCAAAAGAAAGUACAGCCACCAUUUAAACCUAGUGUGGAAUCUGCUAUUGAUACUUCAAAUUUUGAUGAGGAAUUUACCUCAGAAACUCCUCAAGAUUCUUAUGUAAAUGAACCACAUCUAUCAGAAACUGUACAACGACAAUUUGCCGGCUUCACGUAUAAUGAAGACCGGGUAAUGAGCGGAAGCAUAUCAAGCUCGGUGCAAGAUAUGUAAAUCUUCACAAAAGUCAGCAGGACAUUCUGCGGCUUGUUUGAUUUCUAUUUAAGGUCAAACACAAAAAAGGUUGUGAUUCCAAUUAAGUAAAAUAUCAGAAGGGAUCAAUGUGUUACGUUCUUACGUAUAUGUAUAUGUACUAUGUAUAUAUAUACUUUUUCUCUUUUUAUAUAUGAUAGCCCAUUUCUUUCAAUUUGUGUUUAUAUAUAUAUAUAUAUAUUACUCAUUCUUCAUGAUACGUGGAUUUGGUGAUUUCAACAUUUUAUAUAUUUUGAAAAUUUUCUUUAUUAGAUGAGCAUCGUUCCUUUUUAACAUUUUUUCAUAACACAUCUAUAUCACAACCAAACUUUUUUAUAUAUUUUUUAGCUUGUAUUUUAUUGCAGUCCGACUUCCUUCCUCAUAACCAUCAUUUUUGUUCGUACAUCAAUCAUAUAUUGUUUAUUUUUAAAUAUUUUUUUUUGUUUUUUUUU